AUGGUUAAAUUUAGAAGAUACAAAUGUAAGAUUCACUUCAAGCACGUGGUGAAAUUACCCUUGUAUUUUACGAGAAAUUGGGAAAAAUUAUCUUUUUAAAUUUUUUUGUUCAUUUUUUUUUUAUCUUAACUCAUCUUUAAUUAUUUAAUGUUGAGGGUUGUCCAAUACAUCCAAAUUGGGUUGAGUCGUUCACAAAUCGACCCACCAGAAGUUAAUUAGUGGUUAAGUCAUCUUGUGAUACUGGAAAUCUGAAUAAACCGUGCCACAAGUCGAUUUUCGAGACGCUUAAUAAUAAUCCUCAACCUAACCCAAAUGGAAUGACUUGUCUCCUGAGUCAGAUUGGGUGUAUAUAUUGGACAUGAGAAUCAAAACUAAGAUAACUGCCAGUCAUACCUUAAAUGAGAAAAGAAACAAACAAACAAACAAAAAGAAAACAACAACAACAACAACAACAACAACACUCACCACUAGAACUACAUGGAAAUACAGGAAUUGACUGAAGUCAUUGAGAGUAGUUUGUCCUAAUUUUUUCAAAGACAGCAGACUGCAUUGUCCAAAGGGCUCAUGCAUUUUUUCAGUCUUUACCCAUACAUGCACAAUUAUGUAUAUCUAAGAAUAGAAGCUUCUUUUUGGUUUUCUCUAGAAGUUUGGCUCACGGAGAAAAAAAAAAGCUACAUAGUAUUGUCUUUUGAUUUAAAUCCUCAGGAUAAUCUGGAACAAACAGUUACCACACCAUCCACACAACUUGAAAAAGCAUGAAGAAUGACCAACAGACAAAGGGAAAAAAGAAGAAGAAAAGAAAAACAAGGCCCAAAGUAAAGCCCAGUCAGAAGAGCAAAACAGAGUAGAAAUGGUCACUGACAAUAGACUGGUGGAACAUCCUCCAGGUAAGAGUUAAUUUUAGGAAUUAUGGAUGGGAAAUGCACAAAACAAAGUACAAUUUUACUCCAAUGAUUGUCCUUGAAUUUUAUUAUUAAGAAGAGAAUCAAACACAUUUUGUGUAGAUAAUGUUAUCUUGGAAAAGACAUGAUUUUCUAUAAAUAAUGGGAAUUGAACUAAGUGGAGUGCAAUUUGGGCUGAAAUCAUAUGCGUGAUUUCAAAAUCUAAUGAGUGCACAGCGUGAGUUUGAUUUGAAAUCACAAGUAUGAUUUCAGACCAAAAUUGCACGACACGAGGUUCAAUUACCACUUUAUUACAUCCAUUUCAUUUUGAAAUCACCCAAAUACAGGACUUGGUAAGUUCAAAUAUUUUAUUUAUGCAGCACUGAGCUGGUCUGAAAUUAAAUUCAUCCAUUUUUUUAGGGGGAAAAAGUAAGAGUUUUGGAAACAAAAGUUGCAAAAUUUGCCAUGCAAUACUCUUUGUCUUUUGUUUCCUGCAAUUUGAUCGGUUACUUUAAACAAGCCUUGAAAUCUGAUUGGUUGUUUUGUCUUUAGUGUAGCCUCCUCAUUAGCUGGAAAAAAGAGGCAAUUUAAGGCAAAAAAUGGUGCAAUUUGUGAGUAAAUCACAUCAAUUAGAGCCAAUCAGAUUACAGGGACCACCAGUGAUUUUAAAAUGGGUGUAAUAAAUAAUGUAAUUUUACUGAUAAGUUUUUUAUUACUGUAUUGUUAUUUAUUAAUAAAGUAUUUAUUAAUUUAGAUUAUAAAACCUUUAUAAACAUGUUUCAUAUCUAUACAGGUACAAAUAACCCAUUCCAUUCAACUGUAAUAAAAUGAUAUUUCCCACUAACACUAUAAGUUUAAGAUGCAAUCAUAUUUUAUAGCUAAAUCAUUUAUUUUGAAUGAACUAAACUGUAGAGCCCAUGGCAGAUAUGAGUGCUUGGGAAGUCCUUGGUGUUCCCAAAGAAGUUCAGAGAGGACUCAGUGAACAAAGUUUUACUACACUAACCCCUUUACAGACUCUCUCCCUUCUACCUGCAAUAUUCCACCACAGGGACAUCAUUGGUGCAGCAGAAACAGUGAGUUGAAUCAGAGCAGUUAGAUUGGUGGAGGUCUCUUUUUUUAUGUGUAUUGUUUGUGUACUUGGUUUCACAACUAUUGUGAAGAUAUGUAGGCAUUCUAUAUCUUCCUACAUAUACAUAUUAGUUGGUUGAUGGAACAUUAUUUAUACAAAAAUGUGCAUUACAAUAAGAUUGUCAAGAUAAGUCCCUUCAAGUUGUAAGUUUCGUAGUUCUCAUAUCAUUUGUUGGAUAAUGCCUUGAAAUUGUCUGUUGAAGUUAUGAUAAAAUCACUUGGGAGAAGUUUAGCUUCCAGGAAUGGCUGGUUUUUGAGGAGGUUAUUAUUUAAGGGUAUUAAUUAAAAAAUUUUAUGUAUUUACUAGGGUUCAGGUAAAACACUAGCCUUUGGGAUUCCAAUUCUCACCCACAUCCUUGGCCACAAGUCCAGUCAAGAAGCAGGUGAAACUACAGAAAAUACUACCAAAAAUAAUACCACAAAUGCCACAGAAACUGGUUAUGGAAUUUCCAAGCUCAAGAAACCCCUCCUGGCAUUGAUAAUGACACCAACCAGAGAAUUGGUUAUGCAAAUAAAAAAUCAUCUCAAACAGGCUACAAAACACACAUCUUUAGAGGUAACAUCAUGUACUUAAAUUGACAAUUUGGAAGUCAUCUCCACAGUUAGAUUCUGUUUUCCCAUUGUUAGAAACUCAAUUAUUGCUUUAUUUUUAUUGGCCCAAGUCAAUUUUCUCCUGAGCCUUCAAUACUCCUCUUUUCAGUGGAGCAGAAUGCAAACCUAUCUCUUGUUUGGAAAGCAUUUUUUUAUUUUUUGGGAGAAACAUGAAUUUGUGGCCACAAUAGGCUUAAGCAUUUUAAAUAAUGAGGAGUUAGUGCUGAAAACAUUGUUAUUCCCUCAAACAUUAACUCUAUUGUUUUUUGGUACCACAUUCUGGACUGAAAUAUUUAUUUUAUCUUCACCCCUUCACCAGCAAAGUAUAUAAAAACCCUUUUGUUCAGAGAAUUACAAUCCUAGCCCAUAUGAUGUACCAUUUACCCCCUACCCUCCCCUCCCUUGCCGCCCCUUCUAGUCCUGUUUCAACUUGUAUCUUUUAUCAGAGAAAUACCCACCAAACAAAGUACCUCAAAAUUAUUUGAAUCAAUAAACAACUCCUUUUUUUCAAGAUUGUUGCUGUGGUUGGAGGAAUGGCACCUCAAAAACAACAGAGGCUUUUAAACAAGUGUCCAGAGAUAAUAGUAGCCACCCCGGGAAGACUGUGGGAUUUGAUUUCCGAUGUAAGUACCUCAUGUAUCAUAAGUUGUACUGAUUCACUUUCUUUUUGAGAUCUGAAACAGUCGACACACACUUGUACAUGUAGGCAUGUUUCUCAUGAGAUCGGUUGUCCUGUGUAGUUUUCAGCAUGAAUUUGGAUUUCCAAUGUAAGUUUUUCCGUUUGUAAAACGCCGUAAAAAAUGAUAAGUACAGCUGUAAGCAUUUUCUACUGCUCUGUAAACAUCAGUGCCGGGCGUUUUUUUCCUUUUUCAUUUACCCAACGGUGAAAUUGGAGUGUAGCCUCUUUCUAUCAAAUGGAUGAUUCUAAAGAUAUCUUCUGGCGGCGUUUAAUUUUAGAAAAGAAAAUCACAAGCUAAGAAGGCUUAGGUAAAUCACGGCAUAUUUGACUCAGAAUAAUAGAAGCUAGAGAUAGCAUCAACGUACUUUAUCAGCUAUUACUUGAGGAAUGAAUUGAUUUAAAUAAUCCAUCAUUUAAAACCCGAAAAUUUGCUGCUUUAUGAAGUGUGUCGAAGCUUUUAUUGUGUUGUUUUGCUUUUGUCUUUGUUAUUUAACAUCUUAAGAUUAAGUUGACCGGCUUGUGUUCUUCCGUUAACAGCAAUACUCUUUGCAUUUUACAUUUUUAGUGUCGCUGAUGGACAAAGUUGGGCUGCAGAAGAACAGUUGUAGUAAAAUUAUCGAUGUUACCAACAAGAGAGGAACCGUAGAAAGCUUGACAGAAGCAAAGAUCUCAUGUGUAAUUGAAGAGAAGGUUUGUAAUAGUUGAGCUGACAAGGAAGCGAAACUCUUCAAGAUCCAGGAUACAAUUUUUAUUACUUUUUAUUGUUGGUUUGAGCCAAAUGCAUCUACAUGUACACCACAUUGUCUAGGAAACAUGAUCCACGGAACCACAAGGUUCCAAAUCGAAGGAGAACUACGAAACAUACAGUUGUUGUAAAAAUCACCUCAUUAAGAUUUAUUUUGAAUUUACUCUCUAGGAACUAUAUCUCCACUAUUUCCUUUCCCGGUACCCAGGCCGUACUUUGGUUUUCUCAAACAUUGUAGACUGCGUGAGGAGACUGGGCUCCUUGUGUAGGCUCCUGGACUUUAACCCGUGGGUUCUGCACGCCAGCAUGCAACAAAGGCAAAGAUUAAAGAAUUUAGACAGGCCGGGUGAAAACUGA